GCAGGACCCCAGAAUGUUAUUAUGCAAUAGCAGGCAGCUGUAUAUAAAGUCAGGAGGACGUCGGAGAGUGGACUUUAUGCGAGACAGCCACUUCUUUUUGCACCAAGCAUGCUGAGGUUCGUUGUGGCUCUCUGCCUCCUGGCGCUGUCCUGGGCGCAGGAUUGCAAGGUGGAGAACUUCCAGGUCAAGCAGGACUUUGACAAAACCAGGUAUGCAGGGACCUGGUAUGCUGUAGGAAAGAAGGACCCCGAGGGUUUGUUCUUACUCGACAACGUUGUGGCCCAGUUUAACAUCGAAGACGACGGCUCAAUGGCCGCUACUGCAAAGGGCAGAGUCAUCAUCCUGAACAACUGGGAAAUGUGUGCCCACAUGUUUGCUACCUUCGAGGAAUCCACGAACCCUGCCAAGUUCAAGAUGAGAUACUGGGGAGCUGCCUCAUACCUGCAGACAGGAAAUGACGAACACUGGGUCAUCGACACCGAUUACGACAACUACGCCGUCCACUACUCCUGCAGGCUGCUCAACGAGGACGGCACGUGCUUGGAUAGCUACUCUUUCGUCUUCUCGCGCCACCCGACCGGCCUGAGGCCAGAGGACCAGGCCAUCGUCACGCAGAAAAAGACAGAGCUGUGUCUUUUGGGCAAAUACCGACGCGUAACACACAACGGUUUCUGCGAGAGCAGCGGAAAUGCGGAGCCGCCUCAGUGACCCUUCUCUUGAUGCUCCUUUCUUCCUUUCUGCUGGUUUCAGAUUGAAUCCCACCUCCUCCUCACCCCUACCGCCUCAGUUUCUCUCACACGAGAGGAAGUAGUUUCCUUAUUUUUGUUUUUUAAAGAAAUAAAUAAAAACUUCCACACUUA